AUGCAUAACGAGAAUAUCAAAGACUUUGAUGAUAUCUCGUGUCACUUGGAAUUGGAGGCUGAGCUCCUAGAGGUUGCUAAGCUUAAUCAUACGGCCUAUGUGGCUAAUGUUGGUUCGCGCAAGACAUUAAGGCCUAAGCGCAAGAAGUCCAAGAAUGGAGUAGCUGCUGGACAAAUUAAAAAGGUGUCAAGAACUUCUCAGCGCACCAAGAGGGGCAAGCGCAAGAAGAACGAGUCAAAAUUAGAAUGCUUCAACUGCGAAAAAAUUGGCCACUUUGUUCGCGACUGUACUGAGCUGAAGAAGGUACACUUUGACUUUUCUAGCAUUGUUUUUGUAACUAGUCAUGUGAUGUUUGCUCACUCCUAUCCUUUGUGGACUGUUGAUUCAGAAGCGAUCGAGUACAUAGCGCAAGAUAGAGUCGGAUUUGUCGAGUAUCCGCCGGAUUCCAGCUGGAUCCAUGAUAUCAAGGUGGGGAAUGGAGCUAGCAUGGAGGUAUUGGGACUUGGUACCUACAAGCUGGACUUGUGGGGUGGUAGCACUCUUUUCCUCCACAAUGUGCUAUACGCUCCCGAGAUCUGA